AUGUACACUGAUCAUCAGGGCACUGAUGAUCAGUGUGCCUGGUGAUCAGUGUAGCCCCAGCAGCGCCACAUAUCCGUGCCUACCAGUGCACAUCAAUGCCACAUAUCAGUGCCCACCUGAGCUGCCUUUCAGUGUCACCCAUCAGUGCCAGUCAGUGCAACCUAUCAAUGCCAAUCAGUGCCACCUAUCAGUGCUGCCAUCAGUGCCGCCUAUCAGUGCCGCCUAUCAGUGCCAUGUAUCAGUGCUGCCUUUCAGUGCCCAUCAGUGCCACCUACCAGUGCCUCCUCAUCAGUGCCCAUCAGUGCAACCUAUCAGUGUCCAUCACUGCAGCCUAUCAGUGCCCAUCACUGCAGCCUCAUUAACACACAUCAGU